AUGUCCCAAUCCAUUACAUCACAGCAGCCAGGUCUCCAUCGUACAGACUCGGAUGGAAUAUCCAAGGAGCCUCACAUGGCACCUACAUCGACAAACAUAUCUAUUAGUCCAGAGUUGUUUGAAAAAUUGUACUUGGGACCAAAGACCCCACAUGCCACAGACAAUGCUGCGAAGUAUGCGAACGCUGGUGCAUUGGGGUUUCUCGGAUUCGUGCUCGCAACCAUGACUUUUUCCAUGAUAUUAAUGGGUUGGGGCGGCGCAAAUGGAGCGCAAGCCGUGGCAGGUAUCUUUUUCUUCACAGGCCCAGUACUGCUUGGUCUCUCAACCAUAUUCCUUUGGAUCCAGGGGCAGUUCUACAACAUGUUAGUUUGUGGGCUAUUUACAGUGUUCUGGCUGUCUUUUGGCAUGCUGCAAUUGCCAACUCUCGAGCUCGCAACCGCUUACUCUAGCACUGGAAAUGCAGCAGAAGGUGCUGCGUCGAAAGAGAUGAAUGCGGCUAUCGCCCUAUACCUCAUAGUGUGGGGUUUUAUCCUGCUCACAUUCUUCAUUUUCUCGAUCCGCAUCAACGCGGUACUUUCGGUCAUCUUUUUGCUUGUCACUGUGGGCGCCUGGGUUCUAAGUGGAGCCUAUUGGGCAGUCAGCAAUGGAGACUUCGAGAAGGCUUCACGGUUGCAGAAGGCUGGUGGUGCUUGCCUUUUCAUCUGUGGUCUGCUUGGUUGGUACAUGCUUAUUGUGAUCAUGGCCGCAGAGAUGCGGUGGAGUGUCGCUUUGCCUGUGGGAGAUUUAAGCAAGUACUGGGAAAGUACGGAUAUCUCGCUCAGAGACAUGGAGAAUGGGAAGAAAGACUAG